GACAAGGACGCCAGGCCAGACGGCGUCCAGAAUGGCCAUGCGCCAGCGCCCGCCGACAAGGAGGCGCCCCCAAUGGGCGCCAACGGAGAGCAUCCCAGGCCGCAAAAGACGGAUACCGCCGGCAGCAAGAAAAAGGGCCCAGAGGGAGGCUUCGACGACACGCCCAUACCGCGCGCUCCGCCGGGCUACACGGUCAAGUUUACGCUGCACCGCGCCAACAAUCUGCCCCUCGCCGACAUCAACACCCUCUCGGCCGAUCCCUUCAUCAUCGCCCAGCUCACGACGGGCCUGCCCACCAGGCACAAGGAAGACCCCCCGCUCACCAUGCGCACGCCCACCAUACGCCAGAGUACCGACCCUGUGUGGAACUGCGAGUGGAUAGUCGCCAAUGUGCCCGCGUCGGGCUUCAACCUCAAGUGCCGCAUCUACGACGAAGACCCCGCCGACCACGACGACCGCCUUGGCAAUGUACACGUUACCGUUCCGGCGAUAAACGAGAACUGGGGAGGCAUACACGACCAGACGUUUCCCAUCAAGAAGCGCAUGAUCAGCAAGCGGGCGUAUAUACUGCGCGCCAUUGCGGUUUGCUUUGGAAAGGCGCACCACAUGAACGGGACACUCAAUGUCAGCGUAGAGGUGUUGGGCAGGACACAGGAUGAGCAUGGCGGGCGCGCAUACACCGUGGGGCCGCAGUUCUGGAUACGCCACUACUCGCCGCUGCUAGGCCGCCUGCUCGGCCAGAAAGAACCCAACGAGGACGGCCAAGUGUCGCGGAGGACCGGCCGGGCAAAACCAGAAAAGUACAACUUCCAGUCCAACCAGAUGCAGCUGCGCGGGCCUGUGCCCGAAGCAAUGUACCACCGCUAUGUCGAGUUUAAGCCGUUUGUCAAGAGCAUGUUUACCGCCCAGGGCGUGCGGGGAUACAUUCUAUCCAAGGCGCUGCACCACCAGCACUCGCGCGUGUACAAUUUCGACCACGCCACCGAGUACAAGUUCAUUUCCGAGCCGUGCAAAGAAUUUACACAAAAAUUCCUCGAGCUCGUGCAUUAUGACCAGGGCGGGCGCAUCUUCACCUACGUCCUGACCCUCGAUGCCCUCUUCCGCUUUACCGAAACGGGCAAGGAGUUUGGUAUUGAUAUGCUGAGCAAGCACACCAUGCACAGCGACGUAGCGCCCUACAUUGCCUUUUCCGGAGAAUUCUUCAUCCGGCGCCUCAAGCACAAGGAUCGCCGCCCACCCGACGAGGGCGGAAACAACGAAUCGCAUCCGCCCUCGGACCUGGACGGCGGGCCCCCGGACGAACCCCCCAAGAAAGACCCUGCAUACUACGAGCUCGUCAUCGACAACGACUCUGGGACCUACCGUCCCAACCCCGCGCUGCUCCCCCAACUCAGAGCCUUUUUCGAAUCAAACUUCCCCGGCCUGCACAUCCGCACCCUCGACUGCCAGGGCGACGCGGAGAAAAUGGCCGCCAUGAAGGAGGAGCAGCGCGAGCGCAAGAAGCGCGAAGGCGAAGCCGUAGUCUACACGCAGAUUUCAAGAAGCAGCUCCAUGAGCAGCAGCGACGUCGAAGAGCUCGAUCGCAUAGAAGACCAGGGCGAAAUGUCGCCCCGCCACCUGCGCCACCAGGUCCAGAGAGAAGCAGGUGCGAGAGUAAACGCUCUAAAGUAUCAUGCAAAGGAGUACCAGGCCAGAGGUAAUAAGCAAUCCGCUGGAGGUGCAGAUGCUGGCGAUUCUGCCGCAACAGCGAAGCCAGUCGGUGAGAGCACUGCUCCUGGUGCUACUGCUCCUGUUACGGGUGCACAAGGGAAAAACCAAGAGGCCCAGACUUAAUAUUUUUGUGUUUUUGUUUUUUGGUUAUGCUGAGCUAUUGACCUACCUGCCUGCCUACUUUAUUCGCUGUCAUCAUCAUCAUCAUCAUCACCAUUAUCAUCAUCGUUUUUUUUUCUUUUUUUUCCGUUGCAUAUGUUUUUUUUUGUUCUUUGUUUUUCAUCUUAUCGUUGUCGCUAUGAACGGGCAACCCUA